AACCUGCCUAGACUCUACAACGUCACUGGUGUUAUGACUUCGGACAUUGUCGUCCGCUUCAAUGGCGGCCGCUCGGAAUUUCUUUCUCAGAAGGCUGUCCUCAGCGCAAAGUCUGGCUACUUCGAGCGCGCAUUCUCGGGCAACUUCCCUGUUGCCACCUCUGAUGUGAUCGACCUUGGUGAUGAUGACAACCCCAAGCACAUCUACGCCAUGCUCUGCUUCCUUCACGGAACCGAUUCGACAUUCGCAGCCUUCGUCUCAAGGCUGCCGAGACCUUUCUUCUUCGAGGCAAACGCCCUUCGCAUCAGGGACAUGUCUCGCCUGGACGUGUGGGUUUCGAAGGAACAGCGUCUUUUCGACGCUCAGAGAGAGAUGUUGGAGGCCGAAGCUGGCAUGGGUGAGGGUCCCUGGGACGCGUCGACCCUUGCUGGACAGAUCAUGGCUGCCAGAGCUCAGAACGCUGCCUACGCUGCUCUGUCCAACCUGGCUCUGCUCGUCCCUCAGCCUACCUUUGCUCCACCCCUGCCAUCUUGA